AGCAGAAGUGACAACGCUGGUCACUUGGCUAGACCGUGAUUGUUCUGGUAUCUGAAAUAGUAACUGCGAUCAAGGUUAAGGGCUUACUACACGGUACUUACAAUUCUAACGUAAUUGGAUCCCAGGUGACACUGAAAAAAUGGCACUGCUCAGAUCAGUAGUAUUAUUGCAGAACCUUUACUGUUGCAAGGGAUUUGGACAAAUACCUUUGAAAACAGUGAGUGGUGUCUACAUAAGGAAAAGGCUCCAUAUAUUUGCUUGCAGUGGGGUUCCAUAUCAGAUUCAAUCCUUGACCACCUUCCCAAAGUGUAAAAGAAUAAGGUAUGAGAAGAAACUGUUGCAGAGGUACUUAAGCAACACGACAGCUAUUGACAAAAUUCCAAAAGCCAAGAGCAAGUGGGAAGGGGAUGAAACCCAGAUCCUCAAUAGUAUGUUUGCUCAGAGAGAAAGGACAGACAACGAAUGGGAGGAGGUGACCCUCCUCCUGUCCAAGGAGGAGCCAUUAUUUAGCAAGGUCAGCUGUGAUGCAUUGGUAAUGAAGCGUUGUUUGCAAGCUUCCAACUAUUUUCUAGCAAUGUCAUACAUACAAUACCUGAAGAAUCAGGGAAGAGACCCAAACUUGGCAACCCUCUCCCUCUAUCUACGUUUGUGUGGGCAGAGAGUUGUGGACUGUGGAGAAGAGAGAGUACUGGAGCUCUACCAUCAACUUCUUAGGAAAGUCAAAGUACUAGAUGCGAACCUCAGUGAGAGUGUAAUUCUGGCUCUGACUUCAACAAGUCAAUGGAAGCUGGCCCUCAAGCACCUCACUAACAUAAGGAGGAUGUGCAACAUCAACGCAAAGGUCUACAGUGCAAUUGUAACAGCAGCCUUCAGGAAUGGAGACUACAACACAGGCUGGCACUACCUGGAGACAAUGUGCCAAGAAGAGAAGAUACCUGGUGAUUCUGCAUUUUUAGAGUGGGUUACCCAGUGUGAAAAGGCAGAGGAUGUUGAGGAAAAGCAGUCAAUGAUGGAGACAUUAUUAGACAAGCUGAUUCACUAUGAGAUCUUCCCCAAAGUCCCAGUUAUUGAGAGUAUUGCUAACCUUUUUAGUAAGGGACUGGGAUGGUCAUACUUGUAUGUGAAAAUCCCGAAAAGUGGAAGAUGCCCUGCCUGCAACCAGCAGUUACAUCAGCUCGACAUAAGUGAAGCAGAAUUUAAAGAGUUGCAGAGUGAAUACGUGCCACGUGUUCUUCAUGGCUCAGAUAUAUUUCGUUCAAGUAGCCCUGAAGAGUGGCACAAAUUCCAAGAAUUUCUAGAAGAAAGAGGACCAUUUUCUGUAGUAGUUGAUGGCCUUAAUGCAUCAUACCUUGCAGGAAAGAAACCCCUUAGACAGCGAUCUGUAAUGUUGAAGCAGGUUGUGGAAAAGUUAUGUUCAAGAGCCAGGAAUGGCCGUGUAUUGGUCAUUGGCAGGAAACACAUGAGGAAAUGGUCUGAGGUUGAUUUUAAUGCUGUAAAAAAAAUGGCCGACAUAUACACCCUUGAUAACCUGACCAAGGAUGAUGGCUUCUUCAUAUAUGCAGCACUUCAAUCUGGUCAAGGGACAAAGAUUGUGUCAAGUGACAUGUUGCGUGAUCAUCUGUACCGCCUGGGAGAUGGACCCCUGAGGGAGACCUUUAGACGUUGGCAAAGACAGCAUCAAGUUUUAGCGGUCCCAUCUGUUGCUGGUGUUCAGCUUAUUGAACCUGCAUCCUUCAGCACAACAGCUCAGAACCAGGGAACAACAGAUUGGCAUAUACCUUAUGAUGAUGGAUCACCACGUGCAUCCUAUCAGCUUCCUAAGACUUGGUUAUGUACCCAAGCAAAUCCACAUAGCAGCAGUAGGGAUACACACUCUGUGAUUUGGGAGAGCACAGUCCAAAGUGUUCCCUUUACAGAAGCAGACAAUGAAAAGGUGGAUUAUAUAGCCAAAGACUUCAGGCAUCUCUCUAAAACUGCUGAACUCAGGGAUGAUAUUGGGGGGAAAAAGCCGCUGUGGAAAUAUAAUAGCAGAAAGGAACCUCAAAUAGCAGAUGCAUCCAGAGCAAGAAAUGUGCAGUCUUCUAAAAUAUAUAACUACUCUAAGCAGAAGAAUACAAAAGUUGUUAAGAAAGUUGUUGUCUCUGACUUAUUUAAAAAAUGAGAUCAGAAAUUAUCACAAGACUGCACAUGUGUACCGUGGAAGAGCUUGGAGUAAGAAAUUUGUAUAAAUAUGUAACCACCUAGGAUGUUGAAUAAGAAUAUGAAUUUAAUAGUGGUAACUUUCAUUAUAGUUUUGAUACUGAUGGUGCUAUUGCAUUUUUUAUAUGGCAUGUUAGAAAUGUGUACAAAUUUUGUGUUUAGACAAAAUUUUUAUAUUGUACAAAGUGCUUUCCUGAAAUGAAAUUUAUUUAUUACA